AUGGGAGGCGAUCUCAACUUGAAAAAGUCAUGGCACCCAGUGCUUAUGAGCAAUCAGCGGCGGGUGUGGGAAGAAGAAAAGAAGGCCCUUGAUGAAAGGAAACGUACAGACCAGCGGAUUAAGGAGCUUAAGGAGGAGCGGGCGAAGGAGGAAAUCCAGAACAAACUCGAGGCAGCGGGCAGCAGAAAGCGCGUAGACCGAGUCGAUUGGAUGUAUCAAGGACCUUCGAGUGGCCAAGCUGGUACAACUGAGGAAAUGGAAGGCUAUUUAUUGGGAAAGCGUAGGAUAGAUGGGCUAUUGAAAGGCACUGAGCAUAAAAAGCUGGAGAAGGCCGCCUCAGAAGAGAGUUUCAUGGCAUUGCAACAUGCAAAUACCAUCCGCGACACAGCAUCAAAAAUCCGAGAAGAUCCCAUGCUAGCUAUCAAAAAACAAGAACAAGCAGCGUACGAAGCGAUGAUGAAUGAUCCGAUCAAAAGGAGACAGAUGCUUGCUUUGGCUGGGAAGGCAUCGUCGACUGAUGUUGCCGAGCCAGAGAAACGACGUCGGCGGCAUCAUCAUCGCCAUAGAGAUACUACGGAUGAGGAUAGGGAAUCAAGGAAAAGGCGUCGUCGCAGUGAUAGUCGUGAGCAUCGAGGACAUAGAAGUGGAUCAGAUGACGAGCGAGAUUCUAGACGCAGGCGUUACAGAGAUUACUCGGAUGAUGAAAGAGACUCUAGAAGGAGAAGGCACAAUGAAGAUAGAAAUGGGGAGAGAGACGUACGUCGACGCCGAAGUACUAGCAGAGAAUCAUGGCGGCAUCGUAGUGUAAGCAGAGAGCCUCGACCACACCGAAGCGAGAAACGUCACAGUGUUCCAAGCAAUUUUGAUUCCUCAGGUAAACGUCCGUUACAACAAGUUCAAAAUAGCCAAAGCAGGCAAGAGAUAUCGGCCGCCGAGCGACAGGCGAAACUUGAUGCUAUGAGAGCAGAUGCGUCCGAUUUAGACGCGGAUCGAGAGAACAGGCUCAAAGCUUUGGCUGCAAGAGAGGCUGCUGAGCGGGAAGAAGAAGAUAAGGCACGUUCAAAAUCCUCAAAGUAUACCGAUAAAGGCAACUUUAUGAAGAGCGUUCAUCAGAAGGCUGGCGAGAUUGGGUUAGCGGAUCGUAUAGGUCGCGGUCGGCAAGGCUUUUCCAAAGACGAUGAUUAG